AGUAACAUGGCUGCCAUUUGUUUUUGUUUUGACGUGAUGCAAGAUUUUUGUAAAUUUUCUCAGAUGUGCUAGACCUCCGGUGAAUAUAUCCAUAAUCAAGAUGCCCUGGUACUUCCCAUGGUCCGAUUCAAUCAAGAAAAGAGCGUGCAGGUAUUUGCUACAACAUUAUGUGGGGCAAUUUCUGAAAGAAAAAUUGUCUCUCGAUCAGCUGAGCAUCGACAUUUACAAUGGAACAGGGACGAUUGAGGACGUUCUACUCGAUGUUUGUGCCCUGAACGAGGCACUAGACAGUCAUAAUGUCCCAGUACAAAUUGUUGAUGGAUUUAUUGGCAAGAUCCAGAUGACGAUUCCCUGGUCUGCACUGGUGAAUGACAGCACCCUUGUAGAGAUUCAUGGGAUGGAAAUCACUAUACAGCCGAAACAGAGGAAUGAGAAUGACUCCAUCAUGAUAGAUUCAAUGUUUAGCAGUAUGACAACAAGUAUCCAGUUGGCCCAAGAAUGCCUCAAACAGCCCUCUAGUGAAGGAGAGAAGGAUGCCUCAGGGGCGCAACCAUUUGAGGGACUAGAGAACUUUGCACAGACAAUAGAAUCUGUGCUGUCUAAAAUUCGUGUUAAUUUUACGGACACAAUCAUCAGAAUGGAGCACCUUCCAUUGGAAGCAGAGGCUGGAGUUGCACUUGAAGUUAGGAUUAAGCGCAUUGAAUAUUUUGACGACAUGGUGAAUGAUGAUGGAACCCCUGUUGACCAAAUGUCGAACCCACAACCCCGCAGUAUUUAUGAACCAGCAGCAAUAGCUCACAAAAAUUUCCAUUUGAUGGGUGUCACUAUUUUUAGUGAUGAAUUCCCGAAAGAAAACCGAACAUUUUCCCGACAGGGUUCAUCCUCACCCUCUCAGUAUGAAGCUCCUAAGGGUUUUGAUGCUGAUGAGGGACUAAGCCCUGUGCAGUUUCAUGAUCCCCAUAGUCAAAAUCAGCAACAGUUUCCACAUCCCCAUGAGACAGGUCAUGCCCCCUAUAGUGCAGGUCACCAACUACCAACUCACUCAACACCUAUAAGAAUUGCAACUUGCGCUGGGAAGCAAGAAUUGAAGUUAAAGGUCAAACAGAAUGAAGCUUUGGCGGGACCAAAGCUUGAGGUUGAUGUCCUACUGGGGUCGGUGAAUGUUUUCCUCUCUCCUAGACAAGUCCAUAUCCUCCUGGAACUGGCCAAUGGCAUCACUGCACCAAGUACCUCAGAUGACACAAAUAUACGUCACAAAAAGGCGCACAAUAAACCAAUGAUGUCCGAUGAUUAUGAAAAAAUAGAACAAGAGCUCCAGCAUCACUUGGAGCACGAUGUUCACUCAGCCCAUGAUACACGUCCCCUUGGUGAUGACGCCCUGACAACUCAAUCUCUAGAUGAUUCAGAUGAUGAUGAAGAAUUCUACUACUCCAUUGGUCAGAGCCAUCCUGAUACCUUCAGUGAUAUGGAGUCAUCAAUCUCUAGUAGCGUCAGUAGCAAAUCUGCAAGUACCACAACAACAGGAGGGUACCGCUAUACUCCAGGAAAUGCUAGUUAUUUCACUGGUUCAAGAGACGCACCUUUCCAAACAUCGAUUCCAAGAGAAGCAAGAAAACCAAGACAUAGAAAGAAAGAUACUCUACAAAAACUGCUGGAUGACCCUGCAUCUGAGUUAACCCGUUACAAACUCAAACUAAGCUAUUUCUCAUUGGUUGUCCUCCACGAAGAUCCUCCACCCACCCCAUCAGAUGCCAUAGACCCGGGGAAAUCAUCCGAGGAAAAAUUAUUAGAAAUGUCAGAGGUGUUUUUUGGGAAAGCACAGGGGAUCAAUGCAGUAGGGAUUGACCUUUGUGAACUGAGGGAGCUUUAUUCAGAGGCCUGUCCCCAUGAUCACCUAGGUAUUAUCGGAAAACCACUGACGUUAGAGUGCAAUCAGACUUCUACAAUAAAGCACCAUAGUACGACAUUGGAUAUUACUAUAGGGAUGCUGGAGGCCGUAGAAUGCCUCUUCGACAGACGCGCAUUUACACAUUCGCUUCGUGGAUUCAGCUUGCCGAUUGACAAUAUCCUCCCAGAAUACAGCGAGCUACUGGUGUUUCUAUUAGAUGUUGGAGAUGUUAAAACUUCUAUGUAUGGAAGUCUACAUAGUUCAGCUUCCCCAUGUGUCAAACUAAGAAUGCAGUCAAUUGAAAGCUCAAACCAGAACUCUAGAAGAAACAAGGGACCCCCGAAAACCAGCAUAAACCUAGAACUUGGACGUAUCAAAUCUGAGCUUGAUGUCACCAUUGUAGAUAGAAUACACGCCCUGCUGAACCCUUCACCCUUGAGCCAGCAUACCUCAGGGAGGGGAUAUAUGUCAAAUGCAGGACUGAAUAUGCAAUCCUGUUUUAGCCAGGCAUUGGACGAGAAUCCAUCUGGCUCAGAUAGAAUCACAGAUCUUCACAUCACAUCUCCAAUGGCAACAAUCAAUGUCAGGUUUCCGAUCCCAGAUCUUAGAACGGGACAAGGUAUCGACAAGAUGCCGUGGUGGAGGAGAUCGUUACGUAAAGAGGUUCUCAUCCUUGAACUCUCUGACCUUGACUUUCAGACGAGCUACCAAACAUCAGAAACGACCCAGAAAUAUGAGUUUAUUUGUAAAGAUGCACAUGGCUUAUUUCAAGAAGCACCUAGUCAACCACCAAUUUCCUUCGCCAGGAUAAGUCCCGCCAAAACUGACGAUUUUACAAUACCAGACAAAGGAUUUGAUUGGCCACGAAUUGUGAUAAAAAUGUUUCCAAAAAAUAAUUCAGUGUUAGAAGAUGACACUCCUCAAAUUGAUGACACUGGACAAUAUUUUGAUUCGCUAAAUGGAGCAUGUCAAUUCACGAAGAAAGAUCCGUCGCCAUUUUCAGCAAAGAAGGUGAUCCACGAGGGAGAUGAGAUGGUAAUACCAGGGGAUAAGAAAGAAAUACAAGAAUUUGUGGAAAAGUCGAUUUCCAACACUCUAAUGACUAUUGACAUUACUCUUCCAAACGUCAAUGCAGUAUUUCCAACCAAGGCUUUCUAUGAACUUCUAUACAACAGGAUCAACAAUGAUUUGUUGAUGUGGGAGGCCCUCGCUCCUUCCCCCUUGACGAGUCAGGGCUCCAACAUGCACAUGCAGCCACCCUGGGGCCUAGACCUGGCUACACAGCUAAUGAGUCAAGAUGCUCAUAGAGACAGGUUCAUUAUGUGUCGAUCAGCUUUACAGUAUGAAUCAAGCUCUGACUCUGAAAGUAGUGACGAACACGGUUAUACAAUUAUGGACCAAAAACAGAAACAGCAAAGAAAGCGACGAGCUGAAAGACGUCAACAACAAAGUAAACUUUGUGUCAGUGUUGCGAUUGCAAAAGGAAAACUCACAUGCUGCUCUCCAUUGAAGGAUUCAGAGGGAAAAGUGCUUGAUGAUUGCCACGGGGAGUUCCUGCUUGAUAUUAUAGAUGGCAGUCUGUUUGCAGUGACGGCUUAUAACGGGAAUCCUGAACUGAGAUAUGUUUGCAUCCAGUCCAAUAAAGCCUCCUUGUAUCACAAUGGCUGUGUUAUGGGGAUGCAAGACUUUGGUGUCAUAGACAGAGCUUUCAAUGGGUUCCCCUCCCAUCUAGAUCCAACUAUCUACCUCUCUGACCCAGGUGUCGCAACGAAACUCUCUGGCACUGUGGGUACGCAAGGAGAAAGCAUGGAUAUGCUGACAGUGGCUUUGAAAAUCAACCUGGAUACAUUCAGGAAUAUCAAGGAAUUUCUUGUUGCUGUUGGAGUGAAGAGUGGUACCCUUAAGCACAAGAUGUAUCCCACUGGACAAAGUUGGUUCACACAAUGUUUAGACUUCCUAGACGUGAUAGACCAGCCGAUCCUAGGCUACACGCAACCGGAAGUUGUAACAGAGCUACAUUGUCAUCUAUGGAGCUGUGCAGUAGACUACAGGCCUUUGUUUUUACCACACAGAGCAAUGAUAGUUGUCGAACACUUCAGCGUAUCCAGUAACAUUUGUGCCAACUCACCCACAUCUUUGCUCAGGUUCAUCAUUGAUGAUGGUGCCAUCUUUAUGUCAAAUAAGUGCAAUUCAACUGCAGUCAAUCUUAAAAAUAACUAUGUUUGUGUCGUUGAUGUAGGAUUAUUUGAACUCUCACUAAAAACCAGCGAUGGCAAAGAUACUCGAUAUCCAAAAACAGAGCUACGGGCUUCCAAUAAUGUGAUCCAUAUAAGGACGUGCGCAGAUUCAUGUCAAGCACUCCAGGAAAUGAUUGUGUAUUUUGCAAAUGACGGGGAUCUUACUCUUACAAAACCACCUGGAGAGUCAACCACCAGUUGUCAGACUAACUUGGAGGAGAGUGAAGAAUCUAUAUCAGAUAGUCCAGUGACGGACUCUCACAUGGAGACUGUACAUGACAUGAUGGCAGAUGCUAUGCUAGAAACAAGUCCAAAGAGUCAGACAAGUGGUCAAGAAAUGACAGAAGGGGACCAAGCAAAACCAAGUGAGAUUUUUUUCUUCCCUGAUGAGGCCACAAAGCACACAUCACCAAAUAUGGGCGUGUCACAUGAUCAGACAUCACUAGAGACAUCUAUCAGUGCAAGUCCGUAUCAGUCAGAGAGAAGCAGUGAUGAGGAAUUCUGUGUGAUAGAUGACCCUGGUCUUGGAAUAACUUCAAAGGAUGGUGAACCAACAAUUAGAAAAUUCUGUGAUGAUCCGAUAUCUAUAAAGGACAACUAUUUUACAAUGCCAAUGGGCAAGACGGACCAACUCAAGGCUCCGGAGCAUUUUCCCUCUGCUGUAUACAGAUAUACUCUUAAAGAGAUGUCACUUGUGUGGUGCAUGUAUGGUGGAAGUGAUUUCGGUGAUAAAGAUUCAUUACACAGGAAAAAAGUGAAGCACAAUUCCCCGAUACGCUACUCAAAUCAAAGGUCUGACCCAAUUACAAUAGGCCAUAACCCUUAUAAGGGCAGUGGGGACAAGUUAGGGUGGCAAGCCAGAGGGGGACCUGGUAGGGAUAUAGACACCCUAAUGGAGCUACAUCUAAAUAAAGUGAGAAUGCAAUUUGAAACAUUCCCUGAGCACACAGAGCAAGCAUCCCGUCAGAUCCUCUUGAUCAACGAGGUUGAGAUCAGAGAUCGAAUUGGCCACUCCCAGAUCAAUAAAUUCUUAUAUCAGUAUGCGAGUGAGACCUGCCCUAGACAAUCACACGCAAAUAUGGUUGUAAUAAAGGCUCUACACGUGCGCCCCAAUCCAAAGUUAGCGCCCCAAGAAUGCUCACUAAAGGUGGCGCUACUCCCUCUAAGACUCAAUGUAGAUCAGGAUGCUUUGAUGUUCUUCCGUCAGUUUUUCUCAUCUUUAACUGGAAAAAAUGAAGAUGACUCCUCCCCGACAGUUCUUUCAGCUUCGCCCCCAGAUGUAAAUCAACAUCAAAAAACCCCGCCCACACCAAGAACUCCGCCCACAAAGUCAUUACCACCUAUGAAUACACCUAUAAUGAUGGUAGGGGAACCAUCCCCUGAUUCCCCCCAAGAGGACCCCCAGGAAUUCCUGAUACAGUUUGAUGAAAUGCAAGAAAAUAUGGGAGAAAGUGCCAAUAGCACAGAUGAUGUCGCUUCCCAUGAUGCACCUGUUUAUUUCAAAUGUUUUGUGUUCUCCCCUGAUGUGCCUAUAAGGCUGGAUUAUACUGGAAAGAGGAUAGAUUUUGGGCAUGGAACAUUUGCUGGCCUCAUCGUUGGGUUGGCCCAGCUGAAUUGUAGUGAGCUCAGACUGAAGCGGUUGAAUCAUCGCCAUGGAUUACUUGGGUAUGACAAGCUCCUGGCGUAUUGUCUGAAUGAAUGGCUGAGUGAUAUUAAAAAGAACCAGUUACCAAGUAUACUUGGUGGAGUAGGACCAAUGCAUUCUUUAGUACAAUUAGUCCAAGGGCUUAAAGAUCUGUUUUGGUUACCUGUGGAGCAAUAUAAAAAAGAUGGGAGGAUAGUACGUGGCUUACAACGUGGUGCGCAUUCAUUCACCACAUCUACUGCUAUGGCAGCCCUUGAGCUCACCAACAGACUGGUGCAGUCAAUCCAGUACUGUGCUGAAUUUGCCUUUGAUAUGGUUUCACCGGGUCCUAGUGUGACACGACGGAAGCGGAUCUAUCGACGUAAACACCGUGUCCUGCAACCUGCUGACCUGAGAGAGGGCGUCACUAAUGCAUAUCACCUUGUUAGAGAGGGUAUAAGUGAAACAGCACAAACCAUGAUGCAAGUUGCUAAGGAAGAGAAUGAGCAGAAAGGGGUGACUGGGGCAGUAGGAGGGGUACUUCGUCAACUCCCUGGCACAGUGGUCCAACCAAUUAUAUUGGCUACAGAGGCGACAUCUAAUGUUCUAGGGGGGAUGAGGAACCAACUCUUGCCUGAUGCUAGGAAAGAAGAAACAGAAAAGUGGAAGAAGGACAGUUAACGGAACAUUUUAACAAAACAAUAUUUAUUGGUGCUAUUUGUGGAAUGCUAAUGAUGGAAUGCUUUUGCGGAAUGCUAUUUGUGGAGUAUCGUUGAUUGAACUGUGUAUGGUGGGACAUUUGCAAGACAAAUUGGCUGAUUUCGUUUUUCUAUCGCUAUGGUUACUACACAGGAAUUAUAAGAUGACAUCAUCCUUAUGAAUACAUAUCACAUAAUCCAUAUUAGUCUGACGAGAAUUUCAGAGACUUGAAAACGUGUAAAACUGUGUAAAGUGUCUUUAGAGUUUUCUAAAAAAUGUGAUUUUUACACAGAAUACAUGAAAGAACUAAUGAAAUAGUUCCAAAAAUGUUCAUGGGUUAGAUCAAUUAUUGUACUAAAGGAUUCCUCAAAACUAACCUAUAAUUUUUUGCUUGGAGCUUUCGAGACCAACUGGUCACUUUAUGAUCUGAAAAAUUGGCGGCAACACUUGUCUCAUUUUAACCUUGACCUUACGUCCAGUAGGGAUCUGUAAAUCUUAAAACCCAAGUUCAGACUCGGUUUUAAGAGUGACUAGUUGUUGAAGUAACCAGUUAAAAUGACCAGUUGGUCUCGAAAGCUCCAAGCAAAAAAUUAUAGAUUAGUUUUUGGGAAUCCUUUACUAAACUAAUGAAAUACAGACUAAGCCAAGAAGACCAUUAUUAUUCAACCUGAAUAUAUUUCAUUUAAAGGUAUACAUAUCCACCAUGGUGUAACAUAAUAUUUUAGCCAAAUUAUUUAUUCAGUUCAACUUACUUGAAAAGGCUAUAUUUAGUAAAAAAGUAAAGGUCACUACUAUAUUCGCUGUAUCUCAUAUAUUCAUUUUUAAUUUUGGUGUUCAUUUUGUGUGAUAUUUCUAAGAAACGUGAAUCUUGACAUUCUAUUAAGAAUUGCAUUAUUGAAUGCCCCUGGUGUUUCAGGAAUUUUGUGAGUAUCAGCCUGAAUAAAUGCAUAGUCAACGUCAACCUGAGUAAACACUGCACAGUGUUAUAAUAUCAAUCUGAAUAAACACAUUGUGAAUAUAAGUCUGAAUAAACUUAUUCAUUGUGAAUAU